GGCUGUGGCUCCGGCAUUCUCAUACUCAUCCUCGGGCUGCAUUGCAUCUCAUCGCAAAGGCAUCGUCGGCAGAGCUCUUGGACUUCCGCGUACCUGCAGCUGCGCGCGACCUCGUCCUCCUCCACCUCGCCGCCCGCCGCCCGCCGCCCGCAAUACAUACACAUAUCGCAGCUCUCCGCCCGUCUAUUCAUACCAGCGCAACCUCCAUACCAGACGCAUUAUUCGAUAGUCUGCAUUCUCCGCCGCAGGCGCCAGGAGUCUGCGACGGCCACUGCCAAUGCCUCAUCAGUCGCGGCAGAGUCUCGCCGAGACAGCGUCCGUCACUAGCUAUGGACAGGUGAUUGAGUACAUCCAAGAUCGCCUCUACCUUGCAUCCUACACGCAUGCCCCCGAUGAGAGCACGCCGUUCCCAUACCCUGCGAAGCACAGUCGGUCGCCGCACAAGCGAGCAUCGCGCGCGCAGACCGGGCCUCAGGCUGCACAAAGCAGCAAUCCAACGCUUCCGCCCUUCUACUUUUCCAUAGACCGCAGCCUGCUCUACAAUGCCUUCCACGCCGAUUUCGGUCCACUGCACGUUGGCCAUCUAUACCGAUUUGCUGUGCAGUUACACGAUGUGUUGGGACACCCAGACAACGAGAACCGAGCUGUCGUGUUCUGGAGUCAUGCAGAUGCGCGGAGUCGAGCGAAUGCCGCCUGCAUUCUCGCCACUUACAUGGUUCUGAUCCAGAAUUGGCCACCACAUCUGGCUCUGGCCCCGAUUUCGCAAAUGGACCCGCCAUGCAUGCCAUUCCGCGACGCAGGCUACAGUCAGGCCGACUAUGCUUUGACCGUCCAAGAUGUCGUGUACGGGGUGUGGAAAGCCAAAGAAGAGGGUCUUGUGGGUCUGAAGGAAUUCUCGCUCGAGGAGUAUGAGAAGUAUGAACGAGUUGACAUGGGCGAUUUCAACUGGGUGUCGCCCGAUUUCCUGGCUUUUGCUUCGCCACAACAUCAGCCAACUCAUGUCAUCGGCCCUAAUGACCCUAUGUACAACGACCUGCCACGAUCGAUUUCGGCCAUCAAGCGAAACGCUACCUUACCAACGCCAUUCAAGAAUGUGCUUACCCACUUCGCUGAAAGAGGGAUUGGUCUUGUCGUUCGCCUCAACUCGGAGCUCUACUCGCCCAGCUAUUUCACUGCACUGGGUAUCAAGCACCUGGACAUGAUCUUCGAUGAUGGAACAUGCCCUCCGCUAAAUCUGGUCCGAAAGUUCGUGAACUUGGCGCACUCUACCAUCAACGAUAAGCAUAAAGGUAUCGCUGUACACUGCAAAGCAGGUCUUGGACGGACCGGCUGUCUGAUUGGAGCCUAUCUCAUCUACAGAUAUGGCUUCACGGCGAACGAAGUCAUUGCAUUCAUGCGCUUCAUGCGACCUGGCAUGGUUGUUGGACCGCAGCAACAUUGGUUGCACCUGAAUCAAGGCACUUUCCGGGAAUGGUGGUUCGAAGACACCGUGCGAGAGAAGAUAAUGGCAUCAAUGCAACCCGCGACUCCGACACGCGUACAGACCUCGAGUGCGAGACGUCUCGCCAGCAACGGUCAGACGUUCACUCCUCCUGGCGGCGAUCGCCAUGCUGCGAGCCCAAGACGAGCUCUUGGCGAGAUCACCAAUAACGAAUCCGCCGCAACAUCAAAUGGAGGCACAAACUCUGCCGAUGACUUUAAGAACAGCGUGGGUGUUGCAGACGAGAAUCUGCCAGCUCCCACGCCUGGGCAGCCUCGCAAGACGAACAAGGUCUACGGUGGUAGGAGAAUUAUGACCGAAAAUCAGCCUUUCAGCAUUCGAGAAGACACCCAAGCAGCUCAUACGCAGAGAUCCCGGACGACGAUGGACGCCAACGAAUCUGAGGAGGACUACGCGUUGCGUAUGCUGUCUCGGAAGACGAGCCAAUCCCCAGUCAGCCGCAGCGGCAAAAGACGAGCAGUAUCCUGUACCACCACAACGACGACGACAACCAAGUGGGAUGUUCCCACGGAUACGAGCGAGGCAGAGAAUCGUCCCGAAAGUGCUGAUCAGGUUGCAAGUCCAAGCAAGCCACCGAAGACACCAAGUGCCAAGAGCGGUAAUGGCAUGGGUAACUUGACCAUAAGCAAGCGGUCGUCGCCGGUUCGUCGUAGUACAGAAGGCAAGACGAGCGUACGCAAGACCAGUGGCCGGGUUGGCAGCGUUGGCUCCCAAGGACUACGAGCCCACAAGAGCUCCUGAGGAGAAACUUACGGGCGUGAGAUGAGCAUUGUCGAUGUCGUAUAAAGCAAUGAAUGGCAAGGCGCUGGUUAAGGUCUGGGAAGGUUUGUUUGCUGCGGUUUGCAUUUCUGUCAUGGGAUUUUCGUAUCUGUUGCGACAACGAGCACCGUCUUGGUGAACGAACGAAACGCAUUGGGCGCACGGUGGUUACGGUUACGGUUACGGACUCUGUUCUUGGGCAUUUCACGCAUGGCACUGUGGUGCAUAGCGAAUGGCUAUCAAUGAUGUUUACGGUCAUAGAUGGUAUCAUCAAAGAUUUCUUAACCCC